ACUGCCUAUGAUCGUGCUUUGUUUAUAAAGAUUUUCAAUCGCUGGUCAAGGCUUCGCUAUAAUAGCGGCCGAAGUAUGUAUAUACCCUUGUUAGCUUUUUUCUGCAACUCCUGCCUAACCCUUGUUGUACUUUCUAGUCCACCCUUUCUGCAGCAUAUCCAUCCAACCUGGAACGAACCAGAAAAGUCCUAUACUUCGACUACUGUUCAGGCUAAUACCCCAACAUCCGAUGAGAGAAGUGGUCUACCCCUCCUCGUUUCUGUCUCAUACCCAUUGUCCAGAAGCCCUUGCUGAAGUCAUCUCAUCGCAACACAUGUUGGUAUAUGCCUCAAAAAGUAACCCCCCUGUCUGUCUGCACCACCAUCUCCCCUGCUGUACGGUCGCCUAUGGACGUUAAAACCAAUGGCCUCUGCAAUGUACUGGCUCGGAAUACCCUCUCUUUUCUCUGUGAAAUAGGGUUAUCUUUGAUCCCGCCAAAAACCAAAAAAAAAGAAACAAUCACCUAAUCGCGCAGAGCUGGAGGCGAAUCACUCACUGGGCUCUGUCGCUUGAUUUUCCCGCGCGUAUAUCACGCUUUUCAAGUCCUCGUCGGACCCUUUUCCAAGUCUUUUCAGUUUCGUUUUUGCU